CCAUAUAUAUCAAUCAAAUCAAUUUACAAAGAUUUGCGCGUUAACAAAUACAUGUAAUUGUAUAGAACUCUGGUAAAUUUGUGAAGGUUAUUAAUAAAAUGCGAUUGAAUUCAAUUUAUAGUGCAUUGGUCUGCAGUAGUGAAUGAGAAACUUAUUCAAGCUUCUUUUAAGUGGAAAUAAUUAUAAAAUGCGUCUUUUUGUAAGUGCUGUUGAAAAGACUAUCGAAAAUUAUACUUUGCUAUUGCCUCCUUCUCUUUCUUGGCUUAGAUCAACAGCUCCUGGUUUUGCUGUAAAUGGUGACAACAUAACAGUUCUUCAAAAACCUGAUGAAUUCUAUAAUAAAUUGGUAGAACUGUGUCAAAAUUCUAAAAAAAGGAUAACUUUGGCAUCAUUAUAUUUGGGAACAGGUCACCAUGAAGAAAAGCUGGUCAAUAUUUUAUCAAAUAGGUUGAAUGAGAUCGGUGAAAGCUUGGAAUUGAAUAUACUUUUAGAUGCAAACAGAGGAUCUCGAGGAACUCAUAAUUCUAGAACCAUGUUAACACCCUUACUCAAAACUCAUUCUAAUUGUAAAGUAGCAAUGUUUCAUACGCCAGCUCUAAGAGGUAUUCUAAGACACCUAUUACCCACUAGAUAUAAUGAAUUAAUAGGAUUACAACAUAUGAAGCUAUAUGUCUUUGAUAAUACAGUGAUUGUGAGUGGUGCAAAUUUGAGUGCAGAUUACUUUACAAAUCGUCAAGAUCGGUACAUUAUCAUCAAAUCUCAAGAGCUGGCAGACUUCUAUCACGGCUACAUCCAAAAAGUUGCUUCUGUCAGUUUGGUGCUUAAUGAAGAAAAUAAACUGAUUUCUCAAUCAUCAUCUAAUCACCCUUUCUUGACACCAAAACGUGCUUAUCUAACUGUUGCUCAACAGAGGAUUUGGGGAUAUUUGCAGAGUGAAUUGGGAAAACAAAAAGUAGAAGGACUAACAAAUGAUACUUUGAUAUUUCCUCUAUUUGAACUGCCUCCAUUCGGAAUUCAUCAGGAUAGUAUAGCUACAAAACGAAUAAUUGAGUCAGCUAAUCAAAAAUCAACAGUGUACUUGGCAACAGGAUAUUUUAAUCUGACCCAAACGUUAAAAAACUCUAUUCUGUUUGGAUCUCAAGCCCAGUUUAGGAUUCUCAUGGCUCACCCUAUGGCUAAUUCAUUUUUCAAAGCCCCAGGAUUAGCUGGCGGCAUUCCCAGUGUCUAUACACAUAUUGCUUUAUCUUUUUUAUCUUUAGCUAAAAAGUUCGAGCAGGCCCAUAGAAUUACUCUUUUUGAAUACCAAAACCCAGGAUGGACCUUUCAUGCUAAGGGAUUAUGGCAAAAUAUUGAAAAAAAUAAAAUGCUUACUUUGGUAGGUUCUUCAAAUUAUGGAGCUCGUUCAGUAAAAAGGGAUUUGGAGUCGCAGAUUGUUAUUGUUACUACAAAUGAGAAACUGAAAGCAAGCUUAUCAGAUGAGCAAAAACAGUUGUUUGAAGUGGGAAUUCCAUUCUCGAAUGAAGUUGUUUUGCAGCCACAUAGAAAUCCACCAUUAUGGACUAAAGCGUUCUCCUGGCUUUUCAAAGGGUUUUUCUAAUUUUAAAGGCAAUAGCUAACCCUGAGUAUACAUAUUUAGUCUAAUAUAGGCUAAUGUUGGUAAUUUGUAGUAAAAAUCUAUUAAAUUUUACAAUAAAAUUAUUAUAAAAACUGAA